AUGAAUCACUACACCAACAACAACCUUCGGAAGGUUUACCACGAUCCUCGAACCGAUCGUUUCGCCGUGGUUGUGCCGUUGCGACCGCGCAGUUUGCUGGAUCUUUUUGAAGCCUGCUGUCACCGUCCUUCGGUUGGAUCGGAGGUCGGCAUCGACAAAACCAAAAAUCGUUGUGUACGGAGCCGUGACCAAGAGUUGACUUCUUCAGGGGAAUUUAAGCAUCAGCAGAGCAUGGGAGGGGUGGCGCUCGAAGUGCCCAAGGCUGCUGUCGACAAUUCCAAGGGUCCACUUUUGGGGUCCUUACUUCUUGAUCAACUACUGGGUCGCCCGAGCCAUUCUGUUGGGGCAGCAGAACAUGGGAACCAAAGCGAUCAGUCGAAUACAUUUUUCAUUCGACGCAAGCUGCUUCGUCGUCGUCAUUUGCACAAAAUUCAAAAGGAACGUGAAGAACGAGCCACCACUGCUGCAUCAGCCUCUGUACAAAUUCAGCACCCUCGACCCAUCUACGCCCAUUCUUCUUACCAACCCGCUUUCUACCGAGGAAUGCCGCAGUACCACCAUUUUAUGGAAGUUCCGCAAAUAACAAUCCAAGCUGAUUGUAUGCGCAUGCCGUGUAUUUCGCCGGUCCAGAUUUCCAAUAAGCGGCGUAAGAUUGGAGUCGUGGAGGCGAUUCCGGUUUCCGUCUGA